AUGGCGGCGGUGCGCAGCUUGCAGGUCUCGGUGAAAUCCGACAGCGGUUCGGAGCGCUCAGAGUCGGACUCUGACUCCGAGUCUGACAGAGAUGGUCGGGAGGCCGAACCGAUGGAGGUGGAGGAGGGAGAGCUGGAGCCGGAGGAUGUGUCGGUUAACCGCUCCCUGAAGGAGCUGCUACCGAAAUGUGUCCACUAUUUAAUGUUCUGUCCAACCCGGUUUGUUCUGCAGGAAGCCAUCGAGAGGAAGGAGAAGCGGGCCAGACGCUUCCAUUUCCGCUGUGAGGAGACGGUGGCUCAGAGGAACGUCUUCCUGGAUAAAGAGGCGAUGAAGAAAGCCAUCCCCAGGCUGCGGAUGGAGGCGAUCCACGUGACGGGCGUGGACGACAUGAGCACCCAGGACGUCUUCGGCUACUUUAAGGAGUAUCCUCCAGCGCACAUCGAGUGGAUCAACGACACCGCCUGUAACGUGGUUUGGCUGGACGAUGACACGUGCAUCAGAGCUCUGAUCAACGCCAGCAGGAUGCCUGACCCUGAGGCUGUUGCCACGGAGACUGAGUCCGGAACACAUCCCGACGACCCGAGCAAAGCUCCUCGGGCCCAAGGAUCCGAAGACGAGGAUGAGGAGGAGAAGGGUGAGGUGGAUGAAGAGGAGGAGGAAGAGGUGAAGAAGAGUGUGGACAAUGAGGGGACGAAGGUGAAGGCUGGACAGGUGGAGGACCUGUCCCGCGCUGAGAGGGAGUCUCUGCUGAGGAACGAGCUCAGACCGGCCAUCAAACCGUUCAAAGGAAACAAGCUGUUCCUGCGCUUCGCCACUCAGGACGAUAAGAAGGAGCUGGGAGCGGCUCGCCGCAGCAGAUACUACAUGAAGUACGGGAACCCCAACUAUGGAGGCAUCAAGGGAAUCCUCAGCAACUCCUGGAAGAGGCGCUACCACAACCGCCGCAUCCAGCGGGACGUCAUUAAGAGCAAGAAGCCUCUGAUUGGGGACAGCAUGGGACACACCCCGCCGUACACCCACCGACACUCCGCUGACCUGGUCAAUCUUCCUGAGGAGCCCAUCAAAGAGGAGGAGGAGGAAGAUGAAGAGGAGGAGGACCAGGGUGACGAAGACAUGGACUCUGACGACAGGGUGGUGGAGUACAAGGAAAGAGGAGACGGAUCUCGCCCGCUGGGGGCGGGGAUUCGGAGUCGGGUGGAGCGUUCUCCUUCUCCGUGGUCAGAGUCUGACGAGAUGGACUAUGACCUGGAGCUGAAGAUGAUCUCCACACCGUCGCCCAAAAAGAGUAAGAAGAUGACGAUGUACGCAGACGAGAUCGAAGGUCACCUGAAGAACAUCCGGAACCGGAUCGGAGGGUCAGGAUCACAGAACCGGGUCAAGGCCUCUUCACCCCCUAAGGUGACCGACGUCCGGCAGCUUCUGGAGGAGAAGAGACAGGGGAGCUCUCAGCACAGACGGCGCUCCCCUGUGGCCAGCAGCGGGAGAACAGACGUCAGACAGCGGCUCGGGAAGAGACGUUUCUCCCCAGACAGACGGCGCUCUCCGUCCCCAGUCUCUCCUAGAGACACGCCCCCAGCCAGGGAGCCAAUCAGAGACGUGCACCGUCGGCUGGGCGUGGCCAGCCAGGACAGCAGAGGAACCUACACCAACGCCUCUAAAGACAGGAAGUCGAGCGCUGUGUGGAGCAGACUCGGUUCUGGCAGUAAAGAUGAAGGCAGCGCCGGCCAUCGCAGCCGCCGGGAGGGGGGGCGCUCAGACCGGCAGGAGGGCAGCAGCAGGAGGCGGGACGACGGAGAAGGAGAAGAGGAGGAGGAGCGGGAGGAGGAAGACGACUCAACGCUGCAGAAGGUGUGGGGCGCCAUGAUCAAACAGAAACAGGAGCGCCGGAGCCACAAGAUCAAGAAGAGCCGACUGGACAACCUUCCGUCGCUGCAGAUUGAGAUCAGCCGCGACAGCAGCGAGGAGUCGGACGCCUGAUCCCGUCAGGUGGCGUCGAACACCAUCAUUGAUCAUUCCUGUUACCGUUGAGAAGCUGAACUCUGAGGAGGAGCUUCCUCCCUGCAGGGAAUGCCACGGUGCUUCCCAUCAGGACCAGGACAGAGCGACGGGUCGCAUCAGAACAGCAGAACUGAAGCAGACAGCCUCCUCCAAAUUUUU